UGCAAUAUGGCUGUGGCGAGGAUUCGAUUGGAUAAGAUGGAAGAAAAUGGCAUGCGAAGUGUUAUUAAAUUUUAGUGAAAUGUUUGUUUGCUCUGGUUGCGUAGAAUGGGAGGCUGCAUAGGUAUAACUAGGGCGAGAAAUGCCUCAGUUAACGAUACAUCGGAGAGUUCGACGAGAACCAAUUCGGGAAAUUCAAGGAAAAAUCAUCUCUUGUGCCAUGAGGUAAUUAGAUGGAAGUCUGAUGUACCAUUGACUGAGGGUCAAUUGAGAAGUAAGCGAGAUGAGUUCUGGGAUACCGCGCCCGCGUUUGACGGUCGCAAAGAGAUCUGGGACGCGCUGAGGGCGGGCGCGACCGCUGCGGAGGCGCAGGACUACCAGUUGGCACAGGCGAUAUUGGACGGGGCGAAUAUUUCUGUGCCAAAUGGCUUCUUAACCGAAUGUUACGACGAAUUAGGAACCCGUUAUCAAGUACCUAUUUAUUGUUUAUCCUAUCCAAUUAAUAUCGUCAAGGAAGAUAGCGGAAGAGAUUCUCCUGCCGAUUGUUCAGAACCAAUUGACGAGGGAACGGAGCAGACUUUGAAACUUAGAUUAUCGACUACUUUAGGAGAAGUUAAACUACCUGUUUAUAGCAAUGACACUAUUGGCAUUGCCAAGAAAAAAUUACAGAGUCAAGAAGGUCUGGAACCGUCGCGUCAGAGGUGGUUCUUUGGCGGUAAAUUGCUGGGUGAUAAAAUGCACAUAGAGGAAGCAAAAGUGCAACCGGGUUAUGUUAUACAAGUAAUUGUAAAUCCAGAAAAGACAGAUUACAGUCCCGUGAAAGCUAGUUGAACUUGCGCACGAACAUGACGCAAGACAGGUCAUGUUUUAAAAAAAUCAAGCAAUGAAAUAAUAAGAAUAUUUUUACGCUUGUUAACAAAACCUUGUUAACCAUGUAUUCAAGUAAGAAAGAAUAUCAUAUUUUUUAAUUUUGUAUCGCGUAAUGUUAUACAUAUAUAUACAUAUACGAGAGAGUAUUAUCAAAAGUUAAAUUAUUUCAAGAGACGAAAAUUGGAUAUAUAACAAACAAUUGUCUUGUACUGCAUAAACUUCUCUAUUUAAUCUACUUAAAAUUGACAGUUAAGUGGCUCUUUUCUCUCUCUCUUUCUCUCUCUCUCUCUCUCUCUUCUACUUCUGUCUAGUUUCGAUCUUGAAAUGCCUACAUUUAAAUAAGUAACACCAAUCUAACAAGCUCUAAUGGUUUGCGAUGCGAGCUGUUGAGCUUUUUACCUACUUGGGCUAAUAAUUGAUUGGCGGGACGAGCAAUCAAAAUUAUUGCCACGAGUAAAGUUACAUAUUAGAAAGAGAGACAACAAACAAAUAUAGGAUAAAGACAACGCAGCUUAUAGAUAAUUAAAAAUAAAAGAGUUACAUGAUGUAUAUUUAUAUUCCUAAAAAAAUAUAAAUGGACGUACUAUUUUUC